UACCGCUGAGUCCGCCAGCAUCCCGUCAUGCCCCGCGGGGCAGCCGAGACGUAGCCUCCCAGCCCGCUCGGACGCUAGAGCGGCAGCAGCAGGCCGAGGAGGCUGAUCAUGGCCGAGAAGAAGCCGCCCGUGGACCUGGGGCUCCUGGAGGAGGAUGACGAGUUCGAGGAGUUCCCGGCGGAAGACUGGGCUGGUUUAGAUGAAGAUGAAGAUGCACAUGUCUGGGAAGACAAUUGGGAUGAUGACAAUGUAGAAGAUGACUUCUCCAAUCAGUUAAGACUCCAGUCUGAGGUUGGAACAGCAUUCCUCUACCACAAUCCACUGACAAUCCCUGAGCUGAACUAGAAAAACAUGGAUACAAGAUGGAGACCUCAUAGUUUUCAGUGAAGAUGGAAUAAUCUAAAAUUGAACUGUAGAUUGAAUUGUUGAAAAAAGACGACAACAGGCUGGGACAUGAGAUGAUACAUUCAAUCCAUUAUCAGUUUGCAUUGAUUUAUUUUGGUUUUGUAUAAAUAAUAAAAAUUUUAAUCUAAA